AUGUCCUUGCCUACCAGCCCCCAAGCGAGUACUGCUACGCGGCCGAGCUGGCAGGAACAACUCAAUGACCAUUGCAGAAGAGCCAAACUAGUCGCCCCUGUCUUCAACAUUGUCUCCGAUCGGCGAGGAGGUCGUACCGCCUGGUCCAGCACGGUCUGUGUCCAGGGCCAGAAUAUCGCCGCCCGCUACUGGUACGACGGCCAGUAUAUCAACAACGCCAAAGAAGACGCCGCCGAAGUCGCCUUGAAAAUGCUGAACCAGCAGCCGAGACCCUCCACCGUCUAUCAAGGGACGAUCCCUUCCCAGCCGUCCCAGACAGGCUACGGCCGUGGGACCGGAGGCGUUUGA